GUUGUUACUGUAGUUGUGCAUGUUUAGUUAGCCUAGCAUAUUUGGUUAGUAACAUAACGUGAAAUAACGUUGGUGAUAUAUCAAUGAAAUCGUUCGACUCAGAUGAGGAGGAUCCGGAGCAGCUGGGUGCUUUACAAAAGGAGCUGAGACAGCGGGCCAACCAGAGUAUCCAGCAGCUGAGCAGUGCUCUGGAGCAGCUGAACCCUGAUGGAGAAGAGGUGGAGGAGGUCAGAGGCAGUGAUGGCAGCCUGUUUCCCACCAUGGCCGAAGAGGACAAAGCAGCAUGGAGCCAAAAGACACAGAGCGAAGCAGUUAAUCAGCUGAAGAGCCUUCUGCUGAAGCAGUGCAGAGAAAUUCCCGCUCCUCUCUCUCCUUCAAAGAAACAGUCUCCAUCCAAGAGAGUGCAGCAGGAGGGAAGGUCGAGUUUGCCUUCCUUUCAGGAUUUGGUCCCAAUGAUUCACAACCAAUCAGACUACAUUCAACACCUGGAGGCUGAGGUCAAACUCUGCAAGGAAGAGCUGCAGGGGUUAAAACAGCGGAUAAGAGUGGUGGUGGUGGAGAAUGAGAAGCUGCAGUCAGAACUCAAAUCCAAAGCUGUGGAUGAAUCUCUGAAAGAUUACACGAUCCACAACUCCACGGUGAAUGAGAGUAUGGCGGGCAACAGCCACAUAACCGCGAAUAUAGGCCACAGCGUCCUGCACAGAGCAGAACACACCACAUGGAAAAAUGAACUGGAACAAUUAAAAGUGAUCUACCAGGCCCAGGUUGAAAGCUUGGAGGCUCAGGUCUUCGCACUCAGAAAGGAUCUGUCAGUCAGUCAGAAGGAGUGUGAGGAGGUGAAGGUUCGUCUGAGACACAGGGAGAAGCAGGCUGCAGAUUCACUGAGGGCUGAUGGAGCUCCCCGAGUGGCAGGAUUGUGUCUUAAGUGUGCACAGCAUGAAGCUGUAUUGGCUGGGACUCACACAAACUUGCAUGUCCAGGCUAUUGACAGGCUAACAAAAGAGCGUGAUGAGUUACUGGUGGCUCUGCGUGCUGUGAGGGCUAGUCAGCAGGAGGCGCUACAGAGGGAGUGGUCUGCCUGUCUUCAGGUUAAACAGGCUGUGGAGAUGGCGGAGGAAGCAAAUCUGCACAAAGCUAGGGUAGAGGUUCAGUGUGAGCAGUUGUCCAGGGAGCUGGCUCGACAGAGGGAACAGCUGGAGCGAGAAGCACAGGCCUUGCAGGAGAGACUGGCUGAGGCCAGAGAGGAGGGCCGGGCUGAGGCCCGCAAACAGAGAGAUGAGCUGGCACAUACAGUGUCCAGCCUCUCCCAGCGUGUUGCUGAGCUGGAAGGGCAACUGGACAGAGUUCACAGAGACAAAAGCUCACUGACCAAUCAGCUGGAAGACACUCUUCGCAAACUUACCAGUCAGGAACAAGACAAUACCAAGUUGUGUGUGGAGCUGCGAUAUCAACUCAGCCAGGCCCAACUAAAGAAAGAGGAGGCAGAGAGAGAGCUCCGAGAGCUCAACACCAAGACCAGCAGACAGAUGGAAAAGGCUGCACAGGAAGUGGAAAGGCUGAGCUCAGAGCUGGUUGGCUGUCGGCAGCGUCUGGAGGCGGUCCAGAAGGAUGGGAGCCAAUGGCAGGCCGAAGCCCUGAGCCUAGCUGAACAGCUGGCAAAUGCCCAGCGCCAACUGCACCUCACCAGACAGGAUAGAGAGAGUGCAGAACGGGCUCAUGAGGAGGAAAUGACAUCUGCGACCCUUUCAGCACAGGAAAGGGAGAGAGAGCUGGUUAUGUUGCUGGCGCAAACAGAAGCUCAACACCAGCAGAGAGCUCUGUCGUGUGUCUGUUGCCAUUUGAAUGUUCACUGGAGGCAUUUCAGAGUGUAUAUUCGCAGAAGGAAAAUCAUAGUAGUUCGUCUCCUGCUAUACAUACUUUGGGGGAGAAGAGCCAUAACCAAACAAGAAAAGGUAAUUUUGCUUUGUUAAGACAAAGUCAGUAACUAGUGAAAUGCACCACUACACAUUAAAUUCCUGUGAAGUGACAGUACAUAUCAGUAAGUGAAUUUCACUCUGCUGAGACAUUUCAGUUAUGUCUCUGCUGGCCAUUGGAACACCAGCUAGAAUGGCGACAGAUUGUGUCCAGCAGCCAUGAUGGAGCCACAUCCGGUGGACAUUUGGGAUCAGACCUCCCAAAGGGCAGCAUUAAAAGGUUUUCAAUGGAGAGUGAAACACACUUGAGAGCAUCUCUACAUGGCUACAUAGCAGCAAGUUCUCAAAUUUUCAUAUCAGUAGGUUUACUGUAGGCAGUUGCAAUACAAAGGCAUAUUAGUUGUCUUACAUGGAUGGGAGGGAGUUGUGUGCAGGAGAGAAUAAAGCAGAACCGAACAGGAUGGAGCACACAGAGUCAUAAUAGCCAUAACUGCAACGAGCAAAACAGCAGAGUUGAUCAGGGUCAGCUACAGAAUCACAGCCCUUGAGCUGGAAAAGUUACAGUCUCUUCCUCAAGGAUGCUUCGGUAGGGUGGAUCUUUGCUGGAGCAGGGUCUUGAACCUGCAUCUUCCAGUUGAAGGAUGGUUUUCCUUCUUACUGUGCCACCUUGCCAACCUCCAACACAACAUGACCAGGGUGGGAGGGGAUGGACAGGAACACAAAUCAUUUGAGCUGAACAAGACUUAGCUGAAGUGACCUCAAAAGAGCAGAACAUAGCGGAAAGAGCAAAACAGAAGCCACAAGAGGAGAAAAGAGAAUAGCAGGGCAGAGCAGAGGGAAGGUGAUGGGAGCAGUGCAGAGACACCCAGCUCAGAGCUCCCUGUCUGUCUGCACAGCAGAGCUGCUGCUGCUAGCACAUCUGUUGCACCAUCUGGACCCCCCCACCCCAACAACACACACACAACCACCACCACCCACCCUCAACUACUCUCUCUCCCUCCCUUCUGCUAUCUUUUUAUUUACCUGUGGUUCUCUUCAACAACCAGGGAGCCUGCUGGUACA